AUUUUCUAGCACAACAGUGAGCCUUUCAAUUGAAAGUGUCACGAACAAGAAAACAAGACUAAUAGACUGAUAAAUAUCACUAUGGAUAUAGACACCUACGAGCUUCAUACUGAUCUUGGUGACGCUCAGCCCAAAGAACGAGACCACGACACACCUGAUCUCGGUAACGCUCAGCCUGAAGAACGAGAACACGACACACCUGAUCUUAGCGACACUCAGCCUGAAGAACGAGACCAUGGCGCACCUGAUCUUGGUGCUGCUGAUCUUGAUCAAGACACUAGACCUGGAGCAACUUCACUGCAUGGCGCAACUGGAAGAUAUUCAAGAUGCGAUGGCAUUCAUCACUGCUUUGCAAAAAGCAAUCAUCAUCGGAUCAAGUGUACUGCUGCGGAAAUCAGUGGAGUUGUUCCAAUCGUCCACGACAUGUGCCCAAACACCUGCCUUGCCUUUACGGGUCCAUAUACUGAUAUCAAUCAUGAUGAAUGCCCGAGGUGUGGAGAGGAGCGCUGGGACACAAAGAAGAGCACUGCGCAGAAAAAGGUCGCUUGUCAGACAUUCAAUACCUGUCCAGUUGGGCCGCAAUUGCAGGCUCUAUGGCUUCACCCCGAUCAUGCAGAGAAGAUGUGUUGGCGCGUAUACAUGCACAAAGCGGCUCUACAGCUCGGCUCGGCUGGACCCACCGAAAGGAACGGCGCCGGUAAUGAUGCAGAUGAGGAGUAGCUAAUGGAUACGAGGCGGGAUGGUGGGAUGGCGGGAUGGCGGAGGCGGGCGCGGGCACAGCAAUACCACGAGCACCUAACUAUCGCGAUACCCAUAGAUACAUCAUUCAAUAGCAUUAGAUACCUAUUCACCCCACCCAAAUGGAACAUUUUCAACGCAUAUAUGCAUCUAAAAGUGAUCUAAAGCCAACGAGAAUCGUAUCGAAGUGCUAAAUAUUCGUUUCGAUCUCUAUCUUUUUUCGUCUCGAAAAGUCCCACUUUU